GCGAUACCGAAGAGCGAGGUCUUCCCGGCGGCGCCAUGCACCCGGAAAAUGCUCUGGCUUGGUACCGGCGGAUGUCCGUGGUCUACGGACUGGGCGCCUGGACCCUGCUGGGCUCCUUGAUUUUGUGGAGUAAGAAAAAGAGCAUGCCGCCAGGUGGUGAAAUAAAACAAAACGAUGUCUCAACAAAUGAACUAGCUGAGCCCCGGAAAGGGUUUUAUGUGGAGACGGUUGUCACAUAUAGAGAAGAUUUUGUUCCAAUUACUGCCAGGAUCAUCAACUAUUUGAAAUCAUGGACUGGUGGCCCUGGACCAAAAUCAUGAUUGACAGCUGGAGUCUGAAAACAGGACUUUGGUUCAGCAUAUAAAUUUGAGAGAUACCUUGAUUUCCACUUUCUGUUUUUGGAAAGUGUAUACAUUUAAUUUUGCUUUAAAAUAGAAUCACUGAUAAUAUGCAAUAAAUAUUUCUUUGAAGAAAAGUAAAUUUGCAUAUUCAGGAGUUGUCCUUCUAUACUCACCGGAGUGAAAGAUUGAAGUGAAAUGUCGUAUUGAGCUUCCAUAGGCUCGGUUUUCUGAAAUCAGUUCAUGUAACCUUAUAUUUCUUUCAUGUUGUUGUCAGACACAGCUUUUCUGGUCCUUUUAAGGUUAGAUUCAGGAAAUUUCCAUGUUCAGUUUGGGACUUAGAGCAGCCCUUUGGGCACUGUUGGGUGCUUGCUAAAUAUGUUGUGAAUUAGAUUGUAACUCCUGGAUUAAAUAGACUCGAUCUUUUCUUUAGGAGCAGUGCAGAUACCCUUAUUUGUUCAACAGGCGUAGAUUAAACCCCAGCAUGGCUACCAGUAUUCUAGAAAUGGAGUAGAAAGUGAGGACAACAGGGUUCCUGCCCUUGAGUGCUGCAGCGUUUUCUCCUCUGGUCUCAUUUCGCUGCAGGUAACAAAGUCACAAAAGUACUAUUAAAUCAGAAGGAAAGGUAUGUUAAAAAUGUGUAUGGACAGGGAAUUAUCUGGUGGUCCAAUGGUUAGGACUCGCUGCUUUCACUACCUUGGGCAUGGGUGCAAUCCCUGUUGGGAACUCAUACCGCAAGCUGCGUGGUGCAGCUGAAAAAAAGAGAAAUGUGUAUGGAGAGCUCAGAAUUCAAGCAGAGUAUGUUGAGGUCUUCGGAGGGCCUGGCAGUGGGCACCAGAGCAUGGGCUCUUCUGCCUUGUUUCCUUUCUCGCUGCACACUGGUUUCCCCCCUGUUGUUUCUGUAGUAACGUCACUUUGCAGCUACAGUACCAAAGUCUGAUCGCCUCUUUCCAGGACAGUCUGGCUUCCACUUCUGUGAGAGUCCGUUCCUUGUGUAUUGGCUCCCUUUCUGUGGAUCCUUGAGUCCUGGCUCAGUUAGAAACUAGCAUUUGUUGCCCAUUUGGGUAGUGUUUCUUGUGUGCAGCUAUUUGGACCUUGUGAGCACUAGGGAUUCCUGGUAGGACAGGAAUGGGGCGUUUCUGGGUUCCUGCUACAGUACUGUCAGCUUCAGACCUUUGCCUUCAUUUCUUCUUGGUGUCAGUUCCAGCCUGUGGGUGGCCUGAGCAGUGCUUUGGUGCAGUCAACCUAAGUGACAGAUUCCACAAUGGCAAGCAACAGCUUUAGAUGCCAGCAGCAGAGACUCCUCAUGGGAUAUCAGGGGUCCAGAAUGGGUCAGUGCCAAUGGUCUUGGCGCCCCGGUGGAUCUUUGUGAUUGGCAUCAGACGUGAGCAAGAAGCAACAUGCAAUGGAUGGUGGAAGGGAGUUUCUGAACAGCUUCCCAGAGCAGCCUGCCUCUCAUCACUCACCUCGGGAUCUCAGUUUUGUGCCUGGGCCCUGGCUGCCAAGGGGACUGGGAAAGUGCGUUUCUGGCUUCUGCAUCAGGGAUGUGUUGACUCUCAAAGUGGGGCGUCUCCCAGAUGUAGGAAGGAUGCUCCCAGCAUGCUGGGCAGGCGGAUACCAGGACAAACGUCCACUCCAGGCAGCAAGCCAGACUUUCAUCUGGAGGUACCAAGAUACCUGCCUCUGUAGGUCAGUUUCCCCAGAGAAGGUUUCUCCACCGGGGCGUUGAGCGGGGAGAGGAAUGCCUGGCUGUAGGAAUGCUGGGAGCUGAGUAUAUAUAUUUUUUCCUUUUUGUUUAAAACACUUCAACCCCCAACCCCCAACUGCUUGUGCUAAGACCAUGUUUUUUCUCCGUAACACUUACUACUGACCAACCAGUAAAACAACAAUUGUGGCUCCAAACAGCCUGGAGCUACAAUUCCUAUAGUUCAGCUGAACCAUGGCAUCAGUAGGCCUUUGUGGACUAAUCUGACAACCAACGUAUAAUUUAUCAUGUUCCUCUGGGAAAAGGUUUUCAGAAUUCCAAACAUCUAUCUUGCAGGUGCCGUUGGAACACGGUCUGUUCAGACUGGGAACCACCCAUUGAAGGAGAGUUUGCAGAAUUGGAAACGUUUCCUGAAAUUCUGAGGUCUGGCAGUAUUUAGAGGGAGUGGAUUUUCUUUUCUUUCUUUUUCUUUUUUUAAGAUGUAUGUAUCUCAUGGGCAUGCGCCCCCUUCCUGAUGUCCGUCUGCAUUUGGAUGAAAAGGACUCCCAAGGGGCGGUAGAGCAACAGGAGAGGAAUUGGGUUUUCCAGCCCCAUAGAGUAGCACAUAGCCCAGGGCUUUAUGAAAGAAAGAACCCCUAUGAAGUUUAAGCCACUGUGACUUUGGGUCUCCGCUACAGUUGUGACUAAGUAAAUCACAUCUCGCUAUUAAUUUCUUUUUAAAAAUGGAACCUAACUUUCCAUGAUGGAAAAAUCCCCUGUGUUUUCUGAGCUUCAAUGUCUUUUGAAGAAGAGGUAUAAUAUCUAGCCUGUCCACUGACGGGGUUGUGACUUUCAAAUGAGAAAGUGCUUUGUACGCAUGUGGUUAUUCUUAGGAAGAAAAUGUCUUGGCUACUCCUGGAAAAUACACGUGAGAGGCCUUCUUUUUGGUGAUAAAUCCUGUCCUCUUCUGCCAUCCUCCAGCCACUCUGCUUUCUUCCCUGUGGCUUCCCAGAGAGUCACUGCUCAUCACAACUGGCCUGUCCUCUGAAAGUAGGGCUUCCAUGGGUAGUAACUUGCUUCUUCGGCAUAGCAGGUUAUCAGCGUGUAUCAAAAUGGAAAGCGGGGGACUUCCCUGGUGGUCCAGUGGUUAAGACUCUGCGCUCCCAAUACAGGGUUCCCAGGUUUGAUCCCUGGUCAGGAAGCUAGAUCCCAAACGCUGCAACUAAGACCCAGUGCAGGCAAAUAAAUAAAUAAAUAUUAAGAAAAAAAAGAAGAAAAAAGGAAAAUGGCACAUCCUUUGAUCCAGCAAUCUCACUUUCAAGAAUUUGGGAGAUUCUUGAAAAGAUUUAGGAAGACACCUUUUCAAUAUCACUUGUUCAGUGUGGCUUUGAGCUGAAUGAAACAACCUCUUGGUCAACCCAGCUAAUUGCCUUCCCAGCAUCUGCUGAUCCCACUUCUCUUUUAUAACGGAGCCUGAGUACACCCUGUCAGGUGCCCAGUCCCAGAGGGCCCGUCCUGAUUGGUCCAAGAGGCACUGCAGACUCUGUGGAUGUGACAGUCCAUUUUGUGGUUUGCCCCAGGUGUUGCAAGAGCUUUAGCAUUUCAAGUUCCCUGAGCACUAAAUGCCAAUGACAAUCUUCAGACCUGCGACAGCUUCAGACACUCCUCCCCGCACACAUUUCCGGUAACCCCCCAGGGGCUUAUGCCCCAGGUGAGAACCUCUUGUCUGAGCCAGUCAUGGGAAGCAGGUUCCAUCUCUCUUGCUGGUGACUGGGUUAAGCCUGGUCAUGUGAUCUCAUUCUGGCUAGUGAAACUCGAGGGGCGUCUGGGCAGGAUGUCCUAGCUUCAGAGGAAGCACCAAGAAGAGAUAGUCUCCUGUACUUCUGCACAUUGUGUCUGGAUGGGAUGCUCAGUACAGCCACGGCCAUACUGUAAACCUAUGAUACCAUGUAAGCCAAAAAAUCAAGUUCACACCACAUUCAUUCAGCAAUGUUAUCUGAGCUCCAGGCAACUGUGCUAGAUGUGUAGGAUAGAAUGGUAAACACGCGAUACUAAUAGAACACAUUAAUGGGCACUAGGGUAAUUGGAAGUUGCCAGAAAAAGAAAACUUGUCAGAAGACCAUGAGGGGGAAACCAUAGGAUAGUGAUGGAGAAUAACAGGGAACCAGGACACUUACUUUUAUCUGUGUGGUCAGAGAAGUUCUCUCUGAUGAGGAGGUAUUUGAUCUGGAAACUUCAAGGAAGGAGAGGGGCAAGAUGGACAAAGAAGGUGGGGAGAGCCUUCCAGGUGGAGGACCAGCGGAUGCUGAGGUCCUGAGGUAGCAACAAGUGGACUACCUGAGAAAUGUAAAGAAGACCAGAGUCUGGAACAUAAAGACUUUAUUGACAGAAACCACUUUUAUCUCUUAUAGAGAAUGGAUUGGGGGAGGACAAAAGUGGCAGUAAGGAGACCACUGAGCAGCUGUAGUAGAUGCAGGUGAGAGAUGAUGGGGCUGUGGACCAGGAUGACACUGGGGCUGGAGAGAAGAGGGCACGUGGGGUUUUGGGGAGCAAGGAAGUUUAUUGAUGGACUAGAUACUCGGGGAGAGGGCAAGAGCAGUCAUGAGUCACUUAUGGCUGGAGGAAACAGUGGAGCCCUUAUUUGAAUCAGGAUGGCCCAGCUGGUGGAGUUUGGGGGGAUUGAAAUUCAGUCCUGGCACUAACCACCCAGACUUAGCACAGAUCCUGCGAGUCUAAGGGCACGUCCCCAGUAGAGCAGCCCUCAGUUCAGGUGCCAGGCACACCUUGGGGAUCCCCAAGCCAUCUUUACUUCCAACCAACUGGCUACAAAUUUGGGAGUUUCUAUGGCUGCUGCAGGUUUGAUAAUUUACUGCAGUGACUCACUGAACUCAAGAAAGCCUUAUAUUUACAAUCACAGUUUUAUUAUAAAGGGUACCAAUCAGGACUAGCCAAAUGAAGGGACACAUCAGGAGGGGUCUGUGAGGGUCCCCAGUGCAGAGCUUCUGUGCUGUCUCCCUGUGGAACCAGGGUGCACCCUCCUCAUCAAUGUGUUUACCAGCCGGGAUGCUCAGAAUUCUAAGGUUCAGUGUCCACAGCUUUCAUUGGGAUUCCAUCUCGUGCACACGACUGACGGACUCAUUUGCCUUGUGACUGAACUCAGUCUCCAGCCCGCCCCCCUCAAAGUCCCACCCUCUAACCACACGAUUGGCCUUUCUCGUGACCGGCUCCCAUCCUGAAUUGUUUAUUUAUUUACUUAUUUAUUUUUACAUAUUGGCUGCGUUGGGUCUUUGUUGCUGCGCAUGGGCUUUCUGUAGUUGCAGAGAGUGGGGGCUACUCUUUGUUGUAGUGCUUGGGGUUCUCUUUUUUCAGAGCAUGGGCCCUAGGUGCGUGGGCUUCAGUAGUUGUGGCACACAGGCUCAGUGGUUGUGGCUCACGGGUUCACUGGCUGUGGCUCAGGGGCUCUAGAGCACAGGCUUAGUAGUUGUGGUGCACAGGCUUAGUUGCUCCGAGGCAUGUGGGAUCUUCCGGGACCAGGGACUGAACCUGUGUUGCCUGCAUUGGCAGGUGGAAUUCUUAACCACUGCGCCACCAGGGAAGUCUCUGAAUUGUUUCAUUAGGACACUCCUACCCCUUGGGAAAUUCCAAGGAUUUUAGAAGCUCCACGCCAGGAACCCAGAACAAAGACCAAAUUCUUUUUUAUAUGGCAGGGGAGGAAAUCCUGAAUCCCAUUUUCAGUCGGUUAACUUGGUUCAUGGAAGUGGAGAGGUCAAGAGGCAUUUGGAAACACCAGCGCAGAGGAGGUGUCAGGAAUGGAAAUGAAAAUGUGAGAGUCCAUAGUACAAGGUGGAAUUCAAAAACAUGACGAGGGUGGCGAGUUACAAGUUAGCUGACAAAGGAGAGUGUG